AUGAUCCCAGAGAAACGGUUAUUAACUCAGGAUGAUAUGAAACUGUGGUUAGAGUCGGCUACUUAUACCGAGCUCGUUGGUUUUAUAUCGGAACUUGCAGAAUCCGUACAGGGACGAGAGAAUACUGACUUCCAAGAACCCGUGAGCUCGUCCGUCAAAGAAGCAUGCGAACUACUGGAAAAAGUUUCAAAGGCUAUCGAGCAGCAUCCUGUUAAAGAAGGUGCUACUGUGUCUAGAUUCGGUAAAAAGGAGUUCAGGGACUUUUAUGAUGACAUCGAGUUACAUAUAAGGGAGUGGUUACUGGCGAUGGCACCUGACUUAACUGAUGAUCAGAUUGUUGAAUUAAAAGUAUAUUUCAAGGAAUCAUGGGGGAAUCGCAGUAGAAUAGAUUAUGGUUCAGGACAUGAGUUAAAUUUCAUUUGCUUCCUAUACUGCUUAUGUCGGUUUGGCAUACUUGAUACCAAAAGGGACUCUACCAACAUAGUGCUUAAAAUAUUCAGUCAAUACUUAUCAGUCAUGAGAUCCUUGGAGACUAUCUACUGGCUAGAACCAGCCGGAUCUCAUGGAGUUUGGGGGCUUGAUGACUACCAUUUUUUACCUUUCCUUUUCGGCGCCUUUCAAUUAUCCAAGCACAAACAUUUAAAACCUAAAUCCAUUCAUAAUCCUGACUUGGUGGAAAUGUUUGAGAAGAGAUACAUGUAUUUUGGGUGUAUUGCAUUCAUAAAUUCGGUCAAGACUACUGCGUCGUUAAGGUGGCAUUCGCCCAUGCUUGACGAUAUAAGCGGUGUAAAGACAUGGAGUAAGGUGGCGGAAGGGAUGAUCAAGAUGUACAAGGCUGAAGUACUAGGAAAACUACCGAUCAUGCAGCAUUUCUUCUUUGGCGAUGUGCUGAGAUGUCCCAGUGGAGUCUCUUCACCAUCAGAGCACUCAGAAAACGACGGACACGAACAUUGCCCGCAUGGAUUGCAGAAUACAUGGGGGGAUUGCUGUGGAAUUAGAGUUCCAAGCGCUGUUGCAGCAUCGGGAGCAAAUAAGGGUCACAAACCUUUACCUUUUGAUUGA